UAUAAAGUAGAGAUCUCGUGUUUUGGUUGGAUUUCUUCGACUAGAACAGACCGAAGUCUUUCAUUCAUGUUAUUUUCGGAAUAAAAUUACGUCUUAGGAUAGAAUCUGUACAUACAUAGUAUAAUUGAAAUGUGAUGAAGCAACGUAUUUAAUUUCUUGACUACAUAAAAUAUUAUAACUGAUAUUCUUAUGUAAGGUUACAGUUUGCCUUGAGUUGUUUGUGGACUUUUCAUUAAACAUUAUUAUUGUCACCAAAGAUGUCUGAGAAACCAGUGGUGGCUAGUGGAGCUCAGCCGAUUGUAAAGAUCGGUCAUUACACCCUUGGUGCCACGCUUGGAGUUGGCACCUUUGGCAAGGUGAAGAUUGGUGAACACCAGCUAACAAAACACAAGGUCGCCGUGAAGAUUCUAAACAGACAAAAGAUCAAGUCUCUCGAUGUUGUCGGAAAGAUCAAAAGAGAGAUACAGAAUCUCAAGCUAUUCAGACACCCUCAUAUUAUUAAACUUUAUCAGGUAAUAUCGACCCCAACAGACAUCUUCAUGAUAAUGGAAUAUGUUUCUGGAGGUGAGCUAUUUGACUACAUUGUCAAGAGGGGCAAGCUGCAAGAACACGAGGCAAGGCGGUUUUUCCAGCAGAUCAUCUCCGGAGUAGACUACUGUCACCGGCACAUGAUCGUGCACAGGGAUCUGAAGCCGGAAAACUUGCUGUUGGAUCAUAACAUGCAUGUGAAGAUUGCAGACUUUGGUCUCUCCAAUAUGAUGAUGGAUGGCGAGUUUUUGAGGACCUCAUGUGGGUCACCCAAUUAUGCUGCACCGGAGGUUAUAUCAGGGAAACUUUAUGCUGGUCCCGAAGUCGACGUCUGGUCCUGCGGAGUAAUUCUCUAUGCUUUACUCUGUGGCACACUGCCAUUUGACGAUGAACAUGUACCAACACUAUUCAGGAAGAUCAAAUCGGGGAUAUUCCCCAUCCCGGAGUAUUUGAACAAGAGUGUUGUCAGUCUGCUGUGCAUGAUGUUACAAGUGGACCCUAUGAAGAGGGCUACUAUUGAAGAUGUGAAGAAACAUGAAUGGUUCCAGAAGGAGUUGCCCGGGUAUCUGUUCCCGUCUCCUGUUGAGCAGGAUAGCAGUGUAAUCGACACCGAAGCUAUAGGGGAAGUGUGCGACAAAUUCGGCGUAAAGGAGCAUGAGGUCCACAACGCAUUGCUUAGUGGCGAUCCUCACGACCAACUGGCUAUAGCCUACCAUCUGAUCAUAGACAACAAACGCAUCGCGGACGAGGCUGCCAAAGCGGAAAUAAAGGACUUCUAUGUUGCCAGCAGCUCCCCGCCGACGGUGCCGGAGUCGUCGUCGCGGCCGCACCCGGAGCGCAUCGCGCCGCUGCGGGACGGCGCCGCGCCGCCCGCGCUCGCCGCCGCCAAGGGCACGCCCGUCAAGAGGGCUAAAUGGCACUUGGGCAUCAGGUCUCAGAGCAAGCCCAACGACAUCAUGCUAGAGGUGUUCCGCGCCAUGAAGGCGCUGGACUACGAGUGGAAGGUCAUCAACCCCUACCAUGUCAGGGUACGCACACUGAACAAAAUGACGGAGAAAUACGUGAAAAUGUCCCUCCAACUGUAUCAAGUUGAUUACAAAUCGUAUUUACUGGACUUCAAGUCGCUCUCUGGAGAGAAAGAGGAGACCGAGGAAGAGGCCGCGUCUCCCAUGUUGCCGGUGCUGCCCCCGCCGGCGCCGACGGGGAAACCGAGCGGCCAUCAUACUAUGGAAUUCUUUGAGAUGUGCGCAGCACUUAUUAUUCAGCUCGCCAGAUAGGCUGGCGUUUUGUUUAGUUUAAUCUUUGUUACAUUACAGAUUUAUCCAAUACUUAAUACAAAAAUACACUGCAGUCUCUUAUCAAAUCUAUUUGAAGUGGUAGCUUCAACAUCCACUCUGCUAAGCUUAUAUACUUACUCUUAUUAACUUUUUUUAAAACUAAUUUAUGUUUAGACCUUUUUUUAUCAAUUAACAAUCUACGAAGUAGUUACAAAAUUAUCAAAUCAGUGUUGUUCUUAAAAUUCAUUAUUUUGCUUCUUACUAGCAAAUAGAAAUCAUUCACUUAUGGUUAAAUACUUGUAGGAAUUUCUAUGAAAACACGAUCAUCUACCUACUUAUAUUUGUACUUUCAACCUUAAUAAUAGAAUUAAAUUAUGAAAUAUGAAACGUUAAAUAUUUCUUAUAAUUUGAAAUUUUCAUUUUUCGAUAUCGGUUGUCUUUCAAAGUCGCGUAAUACCUUUUUUCCUUUAAUAAAUAUAAAACAUGAAAUUAUGUAUAUAAUAUGAUAUUGAUUGUGUCGAGAUAAAGCUUAAACAAUUUGGUACUGUUAUGUAUUCCAGAUACAAAAAUUGUUUUUUAAUCAAAAUUUUUCUAUUUUUUUUUUCUAUGCGCGUUAUACGACGAAUCAAACAGCAAGUAACAAAGUGCCUUUUAUAUUUGUAAGUCGCUAUCGAAUGCAGUAUGUUUGUAGGCAGAGCAGUUUGGGUAGUAUACAUGGCUCAAAAGAUACCUGGAUCACCUCCCAUACACCAAUCAAGGCAAGGUGGCACAGCUAUCUCCUGAGCCCACCGCACAUACUAUAGAAAAAAAUAGUAAUAUAAUAACUUAUUUAUAAACGUUAAUCCCGUAUAGAAACUACCCCCUGAAGCGCGUUUUCUACAUGAUCAAAUUCAGGCGUUGUAAAUCAUUUACUUACAAUUUAUGACAAUGCUAUGUCACUUUUCUGAAUGAGUUACUGAAUCAUUACAGACAGGGCAAAAAACGCGUGAUAUAAAAAGCGCCCUAAGGACUCAUAUAGUCCAUUUCUUUAGGUACCAAAAGAAUCUUUAAAUGUCUUUUUAUCAAACAAUACGUUUGUAAAAAUAUAGAAUGGGUAAUAUGAGAAGUAAUUAAAUGAAAUAACUGUUAUUUCAUUACGCUUUUUCUUCCCAGGGCUAUAAAAAAUUUAAAUACAAAAAAAAAUAUUUAUCAAGAUUGUUUCACUUUAAUUUAUUAUCUAAACAAAUGGAAUACGCGCUUAUCCUUAAAUUCAAAUGUUAUUUCAAUAUAUGUUUUUUAAUUAAGUUUUAUUUUUGGCCAGGGUGAUUUGGACUAGAGUAGACCCACUAGAUAUAAUUAAGCUAAUUUAAUUGUUAUUUAAACAAUGUACAAAAUAUGUAUUGUACAGCUUUAUUUGAGUGUGUUAGUGCAAUUCCAAAGUUCUACUUCCAUUGUACAAAUAAAUAUUUAAUCUCAUAGAGAUAAUAA